AGCAGAAAUCUGACAAUGAAGCUGGUUUCAGUCUUCCUCCUCCUGCUGGCUCCACUGUUGACCAGCUGCUGGCAGCUCCUCCAACCAGUGGACUGCAGUGCCAUCCAUCAGCAAGACAAAAGCAAACCCAGUGGAGUGUACACCAUCUAUCCUGCUGGAGAGAGGUCUGCUGUUGAGGUGUACUGUGACAUGACUUCAGAAGGAGGACGGUGGACGGUGAUCCAGGGGAGGAUGGACGGCUCUGUGAACUUCUACAGGGGCUGGGAUCAAUACAAGAUCGGCUUUGGUAACCCUGCUGGAGAGUACUGGCUCGGUCUCGACAACAUCCACUACCUGACAAAAAACAGAAAGAGUGAGCUGCUGGUCAACAUGGAGGACUUUGAGGGGAAUAAAGUGUUCGCUCGGUACUCUUCAUUCUCCGUCGGUGCAGAAUGUGACGGAUUUGUGCUGACUGUGUCUGGAUUCACUGAUGGAGGGGCAGGAGACUCCCUGAGUUAUCACAACGGAAUGAAGUUCACCACCUUUGACAAAGACCAGGACACAUGGCCUCAGAACUGUGCCAGAUCAUUCCUGGGGGCGUUCUGGUACAAGGACUGUCACUAUGCAAAUCCGAACGGUGUUUAUCGUUGGGGAGCUGACAGCACUAUCUAUGCUGCUGGAGUGGAGUGGUACCAUUGGAAAGGUCGUGACUACUCCCUGAAGACCAUCAGCAUGAAGAUCCGUCCUGUGCUGUAGUUCUCCAGGACCAACGUCCAGCAGAAUAUCAGCUCAUCUCUUGUGAUUUCUUUCUCUUUUUCCAUUAAGCAUUUUAUCUCACAACAGGUUUUAUUUUCCUGAAACUGGGCACCAGCACAAGAAAACCAACUGACGUUUGUAAUUCUUGUUACCGUCUGUGGUGGUUUAAAGUAGAGCUGCACAAUAUAAGAGAAAUAUGCGAUAAGUUGUAGAAUAUGGUGAUAAUGAUAUUACUUGCGAUAAAUAAAAAGAUAUUAAAGUGUUCUCAGUUCUGCUGCUUUCAGUAUUCUACUAAAAUACAACAGUUUGUUGAGUUUAAAACAA